AUGAGGGGAGCUGUGUUUGUCGCGGUUGCUGCAGCAGUUGGGAAUUUGUUGCAAGGAUGGGAUAAUUCAGUCAUUGCAGGCAAUCAACCAACAUUUGAGGGGCUAAUUGUAGCCACAUCCCUUAUUGGAGCUACUUUCAUAACAACAUUCUCUGGACAGGCAUCAGACUGGCUAGGACGGCGUACGAUGCUAAUCAUUUCAUCUGCUCUUUUCUUCAUUAGUGGUCUGGUAAUGUUGUUGUCUCCCAAUGUUUAUGUCUUACUUUUCGCGAGGCUAUUGGAUGGAUUUGGAACUGGUCUGGCUGUUACUCUUGUUCCUGCCUAUAUAUCUGAGAUAGCACCGCCAGAUAUAAGAGGAACAUUGAAUACCCUUCCACAGUUCACUGGUUCUGGUGGGAUGUUCUUGUCCUACUGCAUGGUGUUUGGAAUGUCACUGAUGGAUUCACCAAGCUGGAGAUUGAUGCUAGGGGUUGUUUCCAUUCCAUCACUAGUUUAUUUUUCUUUGGCGGUGUUUUACCUGCCUGAAUCCCCUAGGUGGCUUGUGAGUAAGGGUCGAAUUCUUGAAGCCAAACAAGUUCUGCAAAGACUUAAUGGCAGGGAAGAUGUUUCAGGUGAGUUGACUUUGCUAGUUGAGGGUCUUAGCACUGGCAGAGAGACAACAUUGGAAGAGUACAUUAUAAGUCCAGCCAACUUGCUUGCCAAUAACCAGGCAACAACUGAAGAGAAAGAUCAAAUGAGAUUGUAUGGUCCUGAAGAGAGCUUGUCAUAUAUAGCCAAACCUGUAACUGGACAGAGUUUAACAUCUCACCAUGGCAGCACGGCAAACCAAAGCAUCCCUCUUAUGGAUCCUCUUGUCACUCUCUUUGGCAGUGUCCAUGAGAAGCUCUCUGAGAGAGGAAGCAAGGGAAGCAUGCACUAUCCAAAUCUAGGCAGUAUUUUGAAUACAGGGGAGUAUCAUAACAAAAAUGAUCACUGGGACACGGAGAGCCAAACGGAUGGUGAGGACCACGAAUCUGAAACACCCCGGGUUUAUUGUGAUGACACUUUGAGAAGUCCAUUGAUCUCACGCCAAACAACGAGCAUGGACAAGGACGUAAGCACGACUAGGUCUGGCGGUAGUGUUUUAGGUGUGAGAUGCAAUACCAUCCUGAUGCAAGGUAAUAUUGAAGCGGCUGAAGCAGGCAAUGGCAGUAGUAUGGAUAUAGGUGGAGGCUGGCAGCUGGCUUAUAAGUAUUCCGAGCGGGUAGGCGAAGAUGGGAAGAAGGAAGGAGGAUACCAAAGAGUCUAUUUGCACCAGGAGAGUGGACUUGGAUCUCAGCCUGCAUCAGUUGUUUCAAUUGGUGUAAGGCAAGAAAGUGAACUCAUUCAAGUUUCUGGUCUGGUUAGCCAGCCUGCUGUUUCUGCCAAGGAUCCGACAAGUCUACGUGCUGUUGGCCCAGAAAUGGUUCCUACAUCAGAAGCUGAAGGUCCAAAAUGGGGAGACCUUUUGGAACCAGGAGUCAAGCGUGCAUUGAUUGUUGGGAUUGGACUUCAAAUUCUUCAGCAGGUUGCUGGCAUAAAUGGGGUUCUCUACUACACUCCUCAGGUUUACGAGCAAGCAGGCGUAGCAGUUCUUCUGUCUAACAUAGGGAUGAAUUCAACCUCUGCAUCUCUCUUCUUAAGUUCCAUCACAACAUUUUUAAUGCUUCCUUGCAUAGCUACUUCCAUGUGGCUAAUGGAUAAAGCUGGCAGAAGGUCACUGCUGCUAUCCACAAUACCAAUCCUGAUAUUGUCCCUCGCUUUACUGGUGUUUGUCAACAUUGUCAACUUGGGCAGUAUUCUCAAUGCAACAAUCUCCACUGCUAGUGUUGUGGUCUACCUCUGCUGCUUUGUCAUGGCUUUCGGGGUGAUCCCGAACAUUCUUUGCGCAGAGAUCUUCCCUACUCGCAUCCGCAGCCUCUGCAUUGCUAUUUGUGCCCUCACUUUUUGGAUUGGAGACAUCAUCAUCACAUACUCAUUUCCUGUGAUGCUUUCCUCCAUUGGCUUUGCUGGUGUCUUUGGAAUCUAUGUUGCUGGGUGCAUAAUUGCCUGGUUUUUUGUUUACUUGAAGGUGCCUGAGACCAAGGGCAUGCCUCUAGAAGUCAUCUCUGACUUCUUUGCAGCUGGUGUGAAACAAGCUGCUGAUGCUUCCAACUAG